UUAUUGUGUUACCUAGAUUAUGUGGUUGGGAGCUCCAGAGCUCGCCUAUAUUGUGCUGAACGGGUUGUGUUGUUCAUCGCGAAUCGCCGUUCUUAAGAACAGAUUAGCUAGGCAGUGAAUGUGACGAUUGUCGACGUUAUUGUCUUGUUAUUGUUUUGUGUGUGCGCGGUUCCACUUGUGUGUCUAAAAGACAGAGUGUUGUUUCUGUCGCGGCUGCUGCGACCCGUGAUUUCUAGCGUCCCGCCAUCGAGCCACCAGAAAGAGUAUCUUCAGUAGUGUGUAGGUCCAUAGUGAGCGGCUUCAGUUCCGGUACUGAAAGUUCUGUACCGGUCGGCGAUAUCGGCCGUGUGCCGAGCUACCUUCGCUCGCCGUCGUCUGUUGUUUUGUGUUGUCUUGUCUGGAGUUGACCUGCAUUCGGGCCGGCGAUUCGUUGGACACGUCGAGCGACGACAGUCGUAGCGACGGUAUACGAUUUGAGCAGCCGCUCUACAACAACAGCAGUAGCAGCAGCGUGUAGCGCUAGCAAAGGCUGUCGCUAGCGACCGACUCAUUAACUGACUGCCGAACUGUCUAUCAGUCCGGCCGUCUGUUACAUAGACACCAGAUAGAGAGUCAGCAAAGCGUGCAGUUUUAGAACAGGCCUGCUGUCUCCGGAGUACAGGUGCAGCAGAAUUGUUAUAGUUCUUGUUGCAACAGAAACAACAGCAUAAGUGGCCGCCCAAUCGCUCUACGGUGUAGCUGAAUUAGAUAUCGCCGCUGAGGUUCUCAGUUUGGAGUUAGUCGACUGUAGGCAGAAGUCGUUGGCCUAUGGAGUGAAGACAGCCAGUAGGGGGUUUUCAUGGUACAUUUUUUCCCACAAUAGUGUUACUAUUCGUGGCACAAAAGAUUAGAUUUUGUCGCCGCUGGUAUUAAUCCUGCUGUAGUGGUUAGGAUUGCAGGUGGCUGACCAACGACUAAAGUGGCUGUUUUCAAAAAUAACUGCGCCUCGUCGUUGUUCCAGGCUGCGUUAUUCGCCGCCAAGAGGAGAUGAGGCCCAACUUUGUGAUCGUGUUUCUAUUCGUGUUAAAGAUCUAAACGAACCAUCCGAUAUAUAAGAACAGCUCUGACUAUAAUUUCGCUACUCAUAUCCUCGUACUCCCCUCUUCUCUUUGAUGCAAGAUGACUGUUCAAAAGGUUUUAGCUUUACGUAGCGCUGUGCUUCCAAACAAGGCAAUGUUGGUGGUGGAUUCUAAAAUGACAUGGAUCCCUUCUACGCUCUUAGUCGGCAGCGCUAAUGGAGAAGCGCGGGUGAUGACUAUCUCAAAUUACGAGCAGCUUUUCGCUGAGUAUGAGGUGGUGUUCAUCAACUUCUACGCAGACUGGUGCCGAUUCUCACAGAUUCUGCAGCCUAUCUUCGAUGAAGCAGCUGUAAAACUUGAAGCUGAAUUCCCAGGAAAAGUAUUGCUAGCAAAGGUCGACUGUGACGCACAAACAACACUAGCCGGAAAAUUCCACAUAACAAAAUAUCCAACGCUGAAGACAGUUCGGAACGGUUCAAUGUUAAAAAGAGAGUACCGCAAGUCGCGUUCUAUUGAAGCUAUGACUCAAUAUAUACGGGAGAUGCUUAAAGAUCAUGUUAAAGAAAGUACACCAUUUGAUCUCAGCAAGGAUGUUGACGAAGCUAAGAGCGCUCUCAUAGGCUACUUCCAGUCGAAGAAUAGCACAGCCUAUGAGGUAUUCCGCCGCCUGGCGGCCGAUAUGCAUGAUGAAUGCAACUUCUACUUUGUUGCCCGAGAGCCUCAAGGUGAUGAGCCAAAAGAUCGUAUUCGAUUUAAGGAAGCCAGGAACAAAUAUGACGCGGUUCGGUCACUAGAAUACACUGGAAGUGUGGUAGACUUCGACAAAAUCAAGGAGUGGUCACAAGAAAAAUGUGUGCCGCUUGUUCGCGAGAUCACCUUCGAAAACGCUGAAGAGUUAACUGAGGAAGGCUUGCCGUUCUUGAUACUUUUCCAUCAUCCGGGUGAUAAAACUUCCGUGGCUGAGUUUUCUCAAUUGGUGAAAAAUGAGCUUAUAACCGAAAAAACGUCCGUCAAUUUUCUCAUUGCUGACGGUGUUAAAUUUGCUCAUCCACUACAUCAUCUCGGUAAAUCCGUGAAGGAUCUACCGGUCAUUGCCAUUGACUCAUUCCGGCAUAUGUACAUUUUCCCUCGCUAUGGCGACAUUCACACUCCUGGCCGACUGAUGCAAUUCAUCAAAGAUCUCUUCUCAGGCAAACUACACCGUGAGUUCCACUACGGCCCUGACGACCCAAUUGUCAAUGCUGUACAGACGGACCCCCCGGAGUCAACUUUCCGUAAGCUGGCACCAUCUUCGAACAGAUAUACGUUGCUUCGCGACGAGUUGUAGCUGUCUUCACAUCAGCGGUGUUGUGUGUCGGAGCUUUAGUAACGACGGCGUGGUAGGAUAUUAACAACAAAAAUGACAACGACCGCAUAAAUGGACCUGCUCUGCUGUAGCGGUUUUCUCCGGUGCACGAUUUCUCUCCUUUCGCACUGUUCAAGAACUAGUGAACAUUAUAUGUCGAUAAUUAUUCUCUGGAGAGUGUACCUCGAAAUCUACGAAUAUCAACUAUAUUCGAUUAACUUGCGGCGGCGCAGGAGAACAAACGUGAAACAAAAAUGAUCACUAAGUGCAGGGUUAUUGUCGUUAAGCAUUUGAAUAGGGAUCAUCUACGCUGCUUAACAUUACAGUGCUGUCAUCAUCCGCUCAAAAUACAACACAGACAGUUACGAAAGCUAGUGCAUAUCAGCAGGCGUGGGAUAUGCAUAACCCGUCUAUGAAAACAACUAGUCGCCAAUAAAUUAUCAAAAACACUCAAAAAAAAUCAUGAAAACUUAAGGGUAGAUCAGACUUGAAUGCGUCAUUGCAUUUGCAUGCACCGAACACGGAGUUAGGAGAUAGAUUUUUGACUGUACAUCUGAAUUACUAUGCAUUGGAAGAUAUAGGAACUGUAAAGUAAGGUAAUCGGAUUCGGCGAAGGUAACUUAUUCUUGCUAUUUCGGACACGAAACACUGAAAUUUAUUUACUGAUUAUUGACAUCUGAUUAAGAAAAAUCGGAAAAACAGACAGCUGUGCUGCAAACGAUGGAAGGUCGCUGCUGAUAGUGCAACAUGACGAAAACGCAAACUGAGAACGAGAAAAUGUAACUAGGUUUUAUUAUAAUAUAAAAGAAAUACUAAAUAGAUAAUUGCGGAGUAUAUGAGGAGCCAGAUAACUAUAGGCUGGAAGGUGAGAGCUACGUAUGUAUUAGACGCCUAGGAUAUCUUUUGAUGGGACUUAAAUAAAAGAAGAAAGAAAAAUAGAGAACUGUUAAGCGGAGUAAGAUCCUAUCAGCAUCGUCAAUAGGGGAAAAUGAAGAAGAAAAUUAUCUAAUUAAAUAGCUUAUUACUGGGGUGAAGGGAGGGAUCAUGCGAUCGCUGAAACAGUAUCUAAAUGUCGAUACACUAAUAUUUCAUCAGACGAAUAAUCUGUCAGUGGCACAACAGGGCUAUAGAAAAAGGACUUGUAAGGGGUGAUACGAAUAGUGAAGCUAAGGAAAAUACCCUGCUGUUUUCCUGGGCCUUUGAGAGGGUGAUGUAGGUGGCAGACAGCGAAUAAUCAUGUAAAGUGUCGCCAACUGCGAAAAAGAAACCUUGGAAGAUUGUAACUACCUUAUUGUUUGACAAAGAAUAGAAAAGACAUGCAAUUUUUGCAAGAAGACUUAAAAGGCAACGACGACUGAAAAGUCAGGAUAGGUUGAUAAACGUAGGGAACUGAUUAACUGAGGAAACGGAAUUUAAGUGAUAAUGCUUCAUAAAUGUAAGAUAGAGGUGGAUAGAGGCUAUGAUAGAGCAGAACCCAAGCAAACUACAAAGUAAGAUUAAAAUAGGAUUCUCGCACCUUGUUUCAUUUCGUAGCGGUACCAAAUUUGUAUUUGGCAUGAGUGAGGGGUACAAUGUUGAGUGAAGAGACGGCACCCAACGAGAAACAGGAUUCUGGAAACUGACUGCUAUUAGAUCUAUUUUCACCAAUAAAAAAGAAAGCGGGCUCAUUGCAGCAAUUAUUGAAUUUUGUUCAAGACAAGUCGUUCAUAAAGAGCAUACAUUGACACGAGGAAAUUUCAACUAAAUUAAAUUGUUGGAGUUUGAAGAAGCUGUCUCAAACAAUGAUGACGGAAGCAUUCGAAGUUCAGCUAUUUUUAUGUGUGCAGGUGAUAUUGUAUUUUAAUACGAUGACGUGAAAAUAAACCUGUAUAUUUAUUGUUAA